AAUCUGGCAACCCGGCUGAUUGUGGAGGAGAAACGCAUCACUUUGAGGUUCUGGAUUCUAUGGAUUUAAGCUCAUCAGAUACAGCAGAACUCUUCUUCUUCUUCUGUUAUUCGGUAAUAUUUUCCAAAGCGCGAGACACAUCCCUAAAAAGAAACCAGCUCCGCGUGGACAGUGCUUUUUUUAGGUGGUGCGCGCGCGCGUGUGUGUGUGUGUGAGUGAGUGAGUGAUGCGAUGAGGAAGAGGAGGGGGUAUUCCUGUAGCUCGGUUCUUCAGUUGCUCUGCGCGCUCCUGACUCGAGCUCGCGCCACAAACCCCACGCGCUCCUGACUCGAAGCGAUGCGGAUUAUUUUCCGCGUUUCCUCCGGAUUUGUGUGACACGCGCGUGAAAAAAAUAAAUACGAGCGCUUCACAAUCUGACUUCGGUAGGGUUUUAUUUAUUAUUGUUAUUAUUAUUACUACUACCGUUUUCCCGUUCCUGAUUCCUGAGCGCGCGCUUGCACCACCCAUGACCGUUAUGAGAAAUGGAAUGUAGGUAAAAGGCUUCAUUUUUUUUGAGCGCACGCUGAUGUGCAGCUCCAUCUGGUACCGGAGAGUUUGGACUUGGAUAUCCACGCAUUAUCAUCAUCGCCAGUCUCCUCCUCCUUUUUCUCCUCAUCAGCCGCUGCGGAUGUUACAGAGUUAAAUAAAUUAUUGCCGGUGUUUUCCGCCCUUUUCUGCGCUCGGUGCGCUCGCGCUCGCAGGGAGGGAGACUCGGUGACUCGGUGUUCGGUACCGCGAUGCUGAGAGGGGUGGUAUCUCCACGGCUCGGGGCGCGCGGAGGCUCAGGAGCGAGCAGCUGAGUGAUGAGGAUGAGGACGCGGCGCUGUGGAGGAGGAAGAAGAUAAGCAGCAGCAGCAGCAGCAGCGUUUCACGGGAUGGCGCGGUUCGGAGAGCCCGGUGUGCCCGGUGGGGGAUCGGUGGCCCGGGGCGGAAGCAGGCAGGGAACUCAGCGCGUGUACAAGCAGUCAAUGGCGCAGAGAGCGCGCACCAUGGCGCUGUAUAACCCCAUCCCCGUGCGACAGAACUGUCUCACCGUCAACCGCUCUCUGUUCCUGUUCAGCGAGGACAACGUGGUCCGGAAGUAUGCAAAGAAAAUCACAGAGUGGCCUCCAUUUGAAUGGAUGAUUUUAACGACCAUCAUCGCUAACUGCAUUGUUUUAGCACUGGAGCAGCAUUUACCUGUCAAUGACAAAACACCGCUCUCAGAACGACUGGACGACACAGAGCCGUACUUCAUAGCCAUUUUCUGUUUUGAGUCUGGGAUUAAGAUCCUGGCUCUGGGGUUUGCCUUCCAUAAAGACUCGUACCUGCGCAACGGCUGGAACGUCAUGGACUUCGUUGUCGUGUUGACUGGUAUUUUGUCCACUGUUGGUUCUGAGGUGGAUUUGCGGACACUGCGAGCGGUCAGAGUUCUGCGGCCUCUCAAGCUUGUCUCUGGAAUUCCAAGCCUGCAGGUGGUGCUGAAGUCCAUAAUGAAGGCCAUGAUCCCUUUGCUUCAGAUUGGUGUUUUGCUAUUUGUUGCAAUCCUCAUGUUCGCUAUCAUUGGCCUUGAGUUCUACUCUGGAAAAUUCCACAAAGCCUGUUAUGACAAUGUCACAGGAGAGCUUCUUGAUGAUCAGCUGUGUGGUGAUGAGUUACCAGCUCGGGUUUGUCCGUCUGGAUCCGUGUGUAUUGACAAGUGGCUUGGACCAAAUUAUGGAAUCACGCAGUUCGACAACAUUCUGUUCGCUGUGCUCACUGUGUUCCAGUGCAUCACCAUGGAGGGCUGGACAGACAUGCUUUAUUAUAGUAACGAUGCUCUAGGAAGCACGUGGAACUGGCUGUACUACGUCCCACUCAUUAUCAUCGGAUCUUUCUUCAUGCUCAACUUAGUGUUGGGUGUGUUGUCUGGUGAGUUUGCUAAAGAGAGAGAGCGAGUUGAGAACCGCAGUGAGUUUCUGAAGCUGAGGAGACAGCAGCAGAUCGAGAGAGAACUGAAUGGAUAUCUGGAGUGGAUAUGCAAAGCAGAGGAAGUGAUUCUGGCUGAAGAUGACACCAAAGGAGACCGCUCUCGCCGCAGACCCACUAUAAAAAAGAGUAAAACUGACUUGCUGAACCUGGAGGGAGGACAGGAUCACAUGGGGGAUGCAGUGGGUCUGAAAGCUGAUGGCUCCAGUUUUAGCAAGAAAGAGCGCCGUUUCCGUAUCCUUGUACGUAAGAUGGUAAAAACUCAGGCAUUUUAUUGGACCGUCCUCAGCCUCGUUGGUCUGAACACACUCUGUGUCGCUGUUGUCCACUACGACCAGCCUGCACUUCUGUCCAAGUUCCUGUUGUAUGCAGAGUUUAUCUUUCUGGGUCUCUUCAUGAUGGAGAUGCUGAUAAAGAUGUAUGGAUUAGGGACGAGGCCGUACUUUCACUCCUCCUUCAACUGUUUUGAUUGUGCUGUGAUUGUCGGCAGUAUAUUUGAGGUUUUCUGGGCGAUGAUAAAACCCGGCACUUCAUUUGGGAUCAGUGUUCUGCGAGCUCUGAGACUGCUCCGGAUCUUCAAAGUUACCAAGUACUGGGCUUCUCUGCGUAAUCUGGUAGUGUCUCUGCUGAAUUCCAUGAAGUCCAUUAUCAGCCUUCUUUUCCUCCUCUUCCUCUUCAUAGUGGUGUUCGCUCUUCUGGGGAUGCAGCUGUUUGGGGGACAGUUUAACUUUGACCAGGGAACUCCUCCUACAAACUUUGACACCUUUCCUGCAGCCAUCAUGACUGUGUUUCAGAUCCUGACAGGGGAGGACUGGAAUGUUGUGAUGUAUGAUGGGAUCCAAUCUCAGGGAGGCGUUCACAAGGGAAUGAUCUCCUCUGUGUUCUUCAUUGUACUUACACUUUUUGGCAACUACACACUGCUGAAUGUCUUCUUGGCCAUCGCUGUGGAUAAUCUGGCUAAUGCUCAGGAACUUACCAAGGAUGAACAGGAAGAAGAGGAAGCCACCACACAGAAAAUUGCUCUGCAGAAAGCUAAGGAGGUCGCUGAGGUCAGCCCACUGACUGCUGCCAACCUGUCCAUUGCAGCUAAGGAACAGCAGAAGAACUCAAAGCCUCCUAAGUCGGUAUGGGAGCAGCGCACCAGUGAGAUUCGCCGCCAGAACCUGAUGACCAGCAGAGAGGUGCUCUACAACGAACUGGACUCUGAAGACCACUGGAAGCAGACAAAUUUCCGUAACCAUCCUGACAUGAAGACACACUUAGAUCGCCCCCUGGUGGUGAACCCUCAGGAGAACCGCAACAACAACACCAACAAACCCAGACCAGAAGAACUAGGACAGCAUGACCACCAUAUCUCCCCCCCACCAAGUUACCAACCCCGCCCACGCCACAGACACUGCCCACACACCCAGGAGGACAAGGACAGGAGGCAUAGAAGACAUCAUCACAGUAACCAUGGAGACAGGGAAGGGAGGAGGGAAGGGAGGAGGGAACGGAGCGGCACACGUCAUUCAAGGAAUCAGUGCAGUGAGGAUGUGGAUAACGUAAGGAACAACAGCAUGCUGAUCCUUCAUGACCCAGAGCUCCGCCUCCAUCAUCCAUACAACCCAUAUGACGCCUAUGACCCUGAGCUGACCAAUAAUGUGCUGAACCUGAGGGGGCGGAGCUUACCAGACAGUCUCCUCAUCCUCACUGACCCGAUGAAGAGCCCCAGCAAAGAGUUUAUAGCCAUCGACAUGCAGCCGCUGUACCCCUCACUCAUAGGCCAGCUGCAGGUGAAUAAGAAUGCAAACACUGAAGCAACUAAAGAUGGUGAGAAGAAAGAGGAGGAUGAUGAUGGUGGAGGUGAUGAAGACGGUCCCAAACCCAUUCCUCCGUUUAGCUCUUGCUUUAUCAUGUCUCCCACCAACCCGUUCCGUAAAUGCUGCCACUACAUUAUGACUCUGCGUUACUUUGAGAUGUGUAUUCUGUCUGUAAUCGCUAUGAGCAGCAUCGCUCUUGCAGCAGAAGAUCCUGUCUGGCCUGAGUCACCUAGGAACAAUGUUCUUCGUUACUUUGAUUAUGUCUUCACUGGUGUCUUCACUUUUGAGAUGCUGAUUAAGAUGGUGGUGCUCGGCAUGGUUCUUCAUGAAGGAGCUUAUUUUCGUGAUCUCUGGAAUUUUCUGGACUUUAUAGUGGUUAGUGGCGCUCUGGUGGCAUUUGCCUUUUCGGGAAGCAGUAAAGGCAAAGACAUCAGCAUCAUUAAAUCCCUGAGAGUGUUACGUGUCCUGCGGCCGCUCAAGACCAUCAAACGUCUCCCUAAACUGAAGGCUGUGUUUGAUUGUGUGGUGAAUUCUCUGAAGAACGUUUUGAACAUCCUGAUCGUCUACAUGCUCUUCAUGUUUAUCUUUGCUGUUGUGGCUGUGCAGCUUUUUAAAGGCCGAUUUUUCUGCUGCACAGACGAGUCCAAAGAGCUUGAGCGUGACUGCCGGGGUGAGUAUCUGGUGUAUGAACGUGAGAAUGAAGUAAAAGCUCAGAAACGCGAAUGGAAGAAGUAUGACUUUCACUAUGACAAUGUGCUGUGGGCUCUGCUCACACUCUUCACUGUGUCCACGGGAGAAGGCUGGCCAGACGUGCUGAAGCACUCUGUGGACUCGACCUUUGAGGAUCAGGGUCCCAGUCCAGGUUACAGGAUGGAGAUGUCCAUAUUCUACGUUGUCUACUUUGUUGUGUUUCCAUUCUUUUUUGUGAACAUCUUUGUUGCUCUCAUCAUCAUCACCUUCCAGGAGCAAGGGGACAAGAUGAUGGAGGACUACAGCCUGGAAAAGAAUGAGAGAGCAUGUAUUGACUUUGCAAUUAAUGCAAAGCCACUAACACGUCACAUGCCGGAGAACAAGCUGAGCUUCCAGUAUAGAAUGUGGCAGUUUGUGGUGUCACCUCCAUUUGAGUACAGUAUCAUGAGCCUGAUUGCCCUCAACACCAUCGUCCUGAUGAUGAAGUAUCACGAAGCUUCAGAAACGUAUGAUAAAGUUUUGAAAAACCUGAACAUCGUUUUCACCAUCCUCUUCUUCAUGGAGUGCAUCCUGAAAAUGAUCGCCUUCGGGAUUCGUAAUUAUUUCCGAGAUGCCUGGAACAUUUUCGACUUCGUGUCCAUCUUAGGCAGCAUCACAGACAUCUUAGUGACGGAGCUGUGGAACAACAUCAUUAAUGUGAGGUUCCUUCGUCUGUUUCGUGCUGCUCGUCUCAUUAAGUUGUUGCGGCAGGGAGAGACGAUACGAAUCCUCCUCUGGACAUUUGUCCAGUCCUUCAAGGCUCUGCCGUAUGUUUGCCUGCUUAUUGCCAUCCUCUUCUUCAUUUAUGCCAUCAUUGGUAUGCAGCUCUUUGGUAAUUUAGCAUUAGAUGAAGACGGAGAAAGUGCAAUAAAUGAACACAACAACUUCAGAACUUUCUUCAUGGCACUGAUGCUGUUGUUCAGGAGUGCUACAGGCGAGGCAUGGCAUGAGAUUAUGUUGUCAUGUUUGGGUGGGAUGCCGUGUGACGUCGCUUCUGGAAACCAGACGGACGAGUGUGGCAGCAACGUUGCUUACGCUUACUUCGUCUCUUUCAUCUUCCUCUGUUCAUUCCUGAUGCUGAAUCUGUUUGUAGCGGUCAUCAUGGAUAAUUUUGAGUAUUUGACUCGUGACUCAUCCAUUCUUGGCCCUCACCAUCUGGAUGAAUAUGUCCGAAUCUGGGCAGAGUAUGACCCCGCGGCAUGUGGACGUAUUCAUUAUAAGGAUAUGUACAGUUUAUUGCGAGUUAUCGACCCCCCGCUCGGAUUAGGAAAGAAAUGUCCUCAUAGGGUCGCCUGCAAGAGACUGUUGCGUAUGGAUUUGCCUGUUGCUGAUGACAACACGGUUCAUUUCAACUCCACACUGAUGGCAUUAAUUCGUACUGCUCUUGAUAUCAAGAUUGCUAAAGGUGGAGCUGAUAAACACCAGAUGGAUGCGGAGUUGCGAAAGGAAAUGAUAGCAAUUUGGCCAAAUCUGUCCCAGAAGCAUCUGGACCUGCUGGUCACGCCUCACAAGUCAGCUACAGACCUUACAGUGGGGAAGAUCUAUGCUGCCAUGAUGAUCAUGGAGUAUUACAGACAGAGUAAAGCCAAGAAACUGCAGGCACUCCGAGACGAACAGAACCGAACACCAUUAAUGUUUCAGCGCAUGGAGCCCAACUCUAGCCAAGAAAAAGGUCAUGAGUUCACAGAGAUCAAUGGAGGUCAUGGGGUCAAGGAGGCCCCACAGGAAAACCAUGACAAUCUUCCUGCUGAAUCCUGGGUAACUCCUCGUUCUCAGAUCUUCCCGAAAUCUGCUGAUGAAAACUGGAGCACAGACUCACCUUACCAUCAGCAGGAAAACCGACACAACUCACAGACAGUAGAAAUGAUGCCUGUUCACUCCGACACUGACACAUCACUACCACUGGAAGGGAGGACUGUCUCCAUGCCCCGCCUCCCACAGCAUCACCAACAACGGAGAAACAAACUUCGAGGAAGUAACCUCAGUACCAUUUCUGAUGUGAGUCCAUUGAGGCGUUCUACAACGUCACUGGUUCACGGGCGUUCAGGUCGAGCCUUGAGAUUGGAUGAUUACUCUCUGGAGAGGGUGGAGUCUGAGGAGGGACCUAGACACGGGAGAAGGAGGAAAGAGAGAGAAAGAGAGAGGGAACGAAAUCACCGCACCUCAGAGAGAUCACUGGGUCGCUUCACAGAUGCUGAUACAGGUCUGGGUACUGAUCUCAGCACCACUACACAGUCAGGUGAACUUCCUCCUAAAGAACGGGAGCGAGAACGAGGAAGAGCCAAAGACCGGCGACAUCAUCACCACCAUCAUCAUCAUCACCAUCAUCAUCAUCACAGCUCAGCGGAGAAAGAGCGGUAUGAGAGAGAGCGAGAAUACCAUCAUCAUCCUCACAACCGACACGACACACACUGGUCACGUUCACCCAGCGAAGGCAGAGACAGCAGAGCACGCAGACAGGGAAGCAGUUCUGUGAGUGUAAGUCCAGUUCCCUCAACGUCAGGAACCAGUACACCACGCCGUACUCGACGUCAGCUCCCCCCAACCCCACCUACACCUCGCCCGCAUGUUACAUACUCACCUGCACCCAGGAAACCACUCCCACUGCCCACUCCUCGCCGUGAGCCUCCACCCAUCGGCCCACCUUCUCGUAGACACUCCCCCCGACGUGCACCGUUCUAUGACCGUCAUUUUGAAUACGAGCCACCAAACUACGAGCAGAGUCUGACGCAAGGACACUCCCAUACGCCCCGCCAUGGCUCCACCCACCACAGUCCUUCCCAUCGUAGUCCUGCCUCUCAUCACCGACGUGUGCCCAAUGGCUACCGCUCCUCCUCCUCUCCAUCCCCACACCGUGGAUGCCCUGCCCACCACGGCUUGCAACGUGCCCCACAGCCCCGCCCACCCCGGAAGAAUCUCCAUGAACCAUACAGUGAGACGGAUGAGGACGAUUGGUGCUAAAAUCCUGCUCUUCAUACACACCACAAUCAGAGAUGGAAAGGAGGCGUGUAACUACACACACAAACAUGCAUGGAUGGUGGAGUUUGUCUAUAUGUGUGCAUGUAUGUGUGUGUGUGUAUGUGUGUGUGUAUGUGUGUGUGUGUGUGUUUGCGUGUGUAAUUGUGUGUGUAAGAGACUUUUAAAAUUCAAGCCACACACACACAGCAAAAAGGAAAGUGAGAGGCCUUGCUACCUGUUCUCUCUGAUGUGCAUCGCUCUCUGACUUCUGGACUACAUUACCCAGAAGGCUGUGUGAUGAAAAGAGGGAGGGCGGGGCUGGAGUGUAACCUGGGCUAUAAUCAGCAUGGUUGUCUCCAGUGUGUCUCCACUCAAACUAACAAGGAUGAGAAAACAAGCUGGUUUUAUGAAUGCAAAGAAAGAAGAAAACCAUAGAAGAAAAGUAAACAAUAAAUACAGUGUGCUCUUUUAAACAAGAGCUCCUCCUACUGCAAAACUAGCCAAUGGCAUCGCAGCCUGCUACUGAUGAGUUUUAUCAUCUAUGUUUACUCAACAUGCUGAGUGACCUCAUAGUUUAGAGCUUGGGUUCCGGGUGAGGGGCGGGGCACUGACGAGGACAGAGCGAUGAGCCAACUGCGAGGAGCCACUAAAUCAAAGCCACGCCCACAACACAACCUUCACAGGCAAGUGAAGAGGGAAUAACCGGGCGGAGCAGUGGAUUAGAGACUAAUUCAUCUUCAGUCUUUAAUUAAUGAGAUUCUUCUUCUUUGUGGAUGUUUGAGGAGCACGCACUCUUCUUUUGUUUUAUUUCCACUUUUUGGACUCAAAGGACCUGAAGGAAACCUGCAUGAUUGAUGAAAAAAAACAAAACAGUUGAACUGUGAGUGACGGAGUGGCCAUGGAUCUAUUUUAUUUUUUUUGGAGAAAUUCUCUCCUCUGGCUUUCUCUUUGCUGUUCAGUACCAUGUAUUAGUGCUGCAGAAAAAUGUUUAAAAACUGUUGAUCUGUCUUUCAGGAUGAGCAGAGAAACAGCAGGAGAUCAUUUCUCUCUUUUCUUUUUCUUUCCUGUCAAUAAUAAUAAUAAUAAUAAUAAUAAUAAUAAUAAUAAUAAUAAUAAUAGAUACAAUAAUGAAUAAGCUUUAUGUAAUGAACACUGAUCAUGUGACUGGUGACAGCAGAGUCAUUUAUUGGUUUUGUUUCGCCUAUUUGUUUGUUGUUUGUUCGUUUAUGGUCGGUUUUGCUAAACAACAGGGCCCCAGAUGCAGGGAACAGUAAGUUGGGACACAGCCCGUGAAUCCUUCUCUAAGGGGACAGGAGGAGGAGGGCAGGGCUCUUCACUCACUACUAAGUGCACUCCAGACUGUAGUGGACUUUGUGCCCUCAGAUCUUUUCUACUGCAGGAGUUUUAACUGUUUCAGCAUUUUUCAGCUGAAGUUCAGGGCUCAUCUAUGUGUCACUGUAUGUGUGUGUGUGUGUGUGUGUGUGUGUGUGAGAGAGAGAGUGAAGGCAGUUGUUGAGUAUGUGUUAGCAUGUCUCCAUGGCAACUCCGUAACAGCCACUAACCACCAGAGGGCGUCACGUCAUCACCCAGAAAAUCUACAUGCAUGCACACACACACACACACACAGAAUGGUUCAGAGGGAGUUUACUUUCACCAACACUGCAUGCUGUAGAUACACACCACAUUAUAGUCACUGCCACUACAUAAAACACACACACACACACACACACACACAUACUUGGUUUGUGUUUUUUGUUCACUACUCAGUGAGAGAGAGUGUGUGUGUGUGUGUGUGUGUGUGUGCGCACACUCAGGAGUUAAACUGGCCAAAGUACCUGUGCAGCACUCUCUGCUAAUCCAGAUCUCUACUGCUCCUUGAGUUAAUGAAACCUGGAGCUUUAAUUAGCCUGCAUUAUUAAUGAGGGGUUUUUAUCACUGCAUAGACUUCAGUCCAGAAAGUUCUGGUACAGUGCUAGUGUUAGUUUCUUUGAGUUUAUUUUCUUUAGAUGGCUGAGGGAUCAUUUAGUUUACUCAGAAAUUCUUACUACAUUAAAUCUAAAAAAACUUCAUACUGAAAUAUUUACAUCUAAAAUGCUGCAGUCAGGAUUAAACCCAACAGUCAGGAUUCAGUGCUGCAGUCAGGAUUAAACCCAACAGUCAGGAUUCAGUGCUGCAGUCAGGAUUAAACCCAACAGUCAGGAUUCAGUGCUGCAGUCAGGAUUAAACCCAACAGUCAGGAUUCAGUGCUGCAGUCAGGAUUAAACAGUCAGGAUUCAGUGCUGCAGUCAGGAUUAAACAGUCAGGAUUCAGUGCUGCAGUCAGGAUUAAACAGUCAGGAUUCAGUGCUGCAGUCAGGAUUAAACCCAACAGUCAGGAUUCAGUGCUGCAGUCAGGAUUAAACCCAACAGUCAGGAUUCAGUGCUGCAGUCAGGAUUAAACCCAACAGUCAGGAUUCAGUGCUGCAGUCAGGAUUAAACCCAACAGUCAGGAUUCAGUGCUGCAGUCAGGAUUAAACAGUCAGGAUUCAGUGCUGCAGUCAGGAUUAAACAGUCAGGAUUCAGUGCUGCAGUCAGGAUUAAACAGUCAGGAUUCAGUGCUGCAGUCAGAAUUAAACCCAACAGUCAGGAUUCAGUGCUGCAGUCAGGAUUAAACCCAACAGUCAGGAUUCAGUUCUGCAGUCAGGAUUAAACCCAACAGUCAGGAUUAAACAGUCAGGAUUCAGUGCUGCAGUCAGGAUUAAACCCAACAGUCAGGAUUCAGUGCUGCAGUCAGGAUUAAACAGUCAGGAUUCAGUGCUGCAGUCAGGAUUAAACCCAACAGUCAGGAUUCAGUGCUGCAGUCAGGAUUAAACCCAACAGUCAGGAUUCAGUGCUGCAGUCAGGAUUAAACCCAACAGUCAGGAUUAAACAGUCAGGAUUCAGUGCUGCAGUCAGGAUUAAACCCAACAGUCAGGAUUCAGUGCUGCAGUCAGGAUUAAACCCAACAGUCAGGAUUCAGUGCUGCAGUCAGGAUUAAACAGUCAGGAUUCAGUGCUGCAGUCAGGAUUAAACAGUCAGGAUUCAGUGCUGCAGUCAGGAUUAAACCCAACAGUCAGGAUUCAGUGCUGCAGUCAGGAUUAAACCCAACAGUCAGGAUUCAGUGCUGCAGUCAGGAUUAAACCCAACAGUCAGGAUUAAACAGUCAGGAUUCAGUGCUGCAGUCAGGAUUAAACCCAACAGUCAGGAUUAAACAGUCAGGAUUCAGUGCUGCAGUCAGGAUUAAACCCAACAGUCAGGAUUCAGUGCUGCAGUCAGGAUUAAACCCAACAGUCAGGAUUCAGUGCUGCAGUCAGGAUUAAACCCAACAGUCAGGAUUCAGUGCUGCAGUCAGGAUUAAACCCAACAGUCAGGAUUCAGUGCUGCAGUCAGGAUUAAAGAAAGAGUCUCUGACACAAACCAAGCCUCAUACCCCUUCACCUGCUGGUACUCCAGAAAGAGGAACUACACUGCUCCUGCACUCUGGGUCUGUGUGUGUGUGUGUGUCUUAGGUUUUUGUGUUUAAUGAAUAAGGGCUCUUUGUGCUGCCAAACUCAUCAGGACUCUUACGGGUGUGUGUGUGUGUGUGUUUGAGUGAGAGAGAGAGAGAGAGAGAGAGAGAGGUGUGCAGUGAACAUGCCAAAACACACAUACACACAAUGCCCCACUCUCACCAUACAGCAGGAGAUACAUACAUAAAGAACAUGACCUCAUCUUCCUCUGGUGAUGCCCGAAGCCCCUCCCUCACUGACUCCAUUAGCCAUUCACAUCGUAGUUUCCCCGGCCGAUCAUAAAAGAAGUGUAUUAGGUCUGAUCGCCACGGCGACAAGGUGUGUAAUGCCCUGCAUGUGCAAUGUGCAUGCGACUCCAGGAUUAAACAUUAAGAGAAUAAAGAGUGUAACACAGAGCAAA